GAUCCGGAUGGCGGUGGAUGGCCUGAGUCACUCACUAGCCUCACCCACAGAACCGCCACAGCACAAACGCACGCUUCGGUUCGCGACACUCAAGCAUGAAUCAUUCCCAUACCGCACCCACAGCCACACCGCCAAACAACAAACUCUCAAUUGCGCCUUACGCUGGCAUAUGUGACUCUUCUACAUCCCUUUAUAAUCCAUAAUACUAUCAGAGGACCGCAUCUACAUUAUUUAUUUUCAACUCGCUAAACUUACCCUUCUCCACCCCCCACUAUAUUAUAUUUCAGCCCCAGUGACGACAUCACUCGCAAUAAAAUUUGUUGCAAGCAUGUCUGGUGAGACGGCGGCACCACAACUACCUCCCGGCCUGACUUCUCCUCCUCGAGGAGGUCGCCGGAGAGGAGGCGGAGGACCACGAGGCGGCAGCAAUUCGGCGUCGAGAGGAGCGGGAGACGGCACACAACGAAACAGCAGAGGAAGAGGCGGACAACGAGGACGAGGGCAAGGCCGAGGAGCAGGAGGACAAGAAGGGCCUCGAGGAUUCGGCGGACAACUCUCUCACGAACCCACAGCAAACGGCACAUCCCCAGCGGCGGCGGCGGCGGCGAACGGCACAGAUGCAGUCGCCGACGCAACCAAGAAGCCCGCGAAAGCUGACAUCCAGGAGGAGGGCGAUGAGGAAGGCGACGGGGAGAUCUGCUUCAUCUGCGCGUCGCCGGUGGUGCACUGGGCCGUAGCGCCGUGCAAUCAUCGCACCUGUCACAUCUGCGCGUUGCGGCUCCGAGCGUUAUACAAGUCAAAGUCGUGCGCACACUGUCGGACGCCCGCGGACCACGUCAUCUUCACGGACGACGGCACGAAGCAGUACCAGGACUUUACGGAUAGCGAAAUCACGCGCAAGGACGACAAUCUGGGCAUACGAUUCGAGGCACAGGAGAUUCUCGAGGACACGGUGCUGCUGUUGAGGUUCAACUGUGCGGAUUCGAGCUGUGAUGUGGCAUGCUUGGGCUGGCCUGAUUUACAUCGGCAUGUUAAGAAUGUUCACCACAAGAUCAUGUGCGAUCUGUGUACGCGCAAUAAGAAGGUGUUUACGCACGAGCAUGAGCUUUUUACACACAACGACUUGCGCAAGCAUCAGCGGUUUGGCGACGACAAUCCGGGCGCGGUAGAUCAGAGCGGGUUUAAAGGGCAUCCGGAGUGUGGGUUCUGUAAGCAGAGAUUCUACGGGGACGAUGAACUGUACACACACUGCAGGGACAAGCACGAGCGUUGCCAUAUCUGCGACCGGCGUAGUGACGGCCGUCUACAGGAGUACUAUGCCAACUACGACUCGCUGGAAGUACACUUCCGGCGGGAUCACUUCCUCUGCCUAGAACAAGAUUGUCUGGACAAGAAGUUUGUCGUGUUCGAGUCGGAGCUGGAUCUGAAGGCGCAUCAACUGGAAAGUCAUCCUCAUGGCUUGUCCAAGGACGCUCGUCGCGAUGCUAGAAGAGUUGACAUGUCAGGGUUUGACUACAGACAGCCACACCAAGAGCCACGGCGAGAAGGACGAGGACGAGGAAGAGGGCGGGGCCGUGACCCGAAUGUUGAGGCGAUUCCACAGUCAUCUGCACAACCGCUGCGACGAGACGAGCUGGCGUACCAGCGACAAAUGGCAAUACACAGUGCACAGUCGGUCAGUUCACGAACGUUUGGCGGGCAACUGAGCGCAGCGCCCACUGCAGCCCAAGCACCUUCUCGAUCGCAAGAGCCUGUGACGGUAACGGCGACACAGCCACGUGGCGCGGCUCGAGCAGACGCCUUCCCAGCAGAAAGCUCUGCACCCACACAACAACCGGCUCGUGAGCUGACACCCCAGGAACAGGCUCGCCAGCUACGUCACAACGCAGUGACGGAGCGGGCAACGAAUCUGUUGAAGGGAGAGCAAGCGAAGAUGGCCGAAUUCAAGACCAAAGUGUCGGCAUACAAAACGGGGGCAGUCAAUGCAUCGGAGCUUAUCGACUCGUUCUUCGUGCUCUUCGACACCAGCUCGGUUGAGCUCGGGAAAUUGAUCAGAGAAUUGGCGGACAUUUUCGAGAUUGCGAGCAAGAAGGACGGGCUGAUCCGGGCGUGGAACGAGUGGAAGGCGAUUCACGAAGACUAUCCCUCACUGCCCGGCGGAUCGACGACGACGACGACGACGACGGCAGCGACAUUAGGCGUCGGGCAGCAGACGGGUGGGGGCUCUCGCGUGUUGAGGCUGAAGAGCUCGACGGCGCAAUCAUCCCGAUCGGCAGCGAAUCGACAGGGUGGAUGGGGCACUGCAGGGUCGGUGGCGAAUAGCUUCCCGUCUCUGGCGUCGGCGAAUGCAUCUCUGUCCAGGGCUGGAGGGGGAGGAGGAGGAGGAGGAGGAGGAGCUCGAUCUGGGACGACACCAUGGACGUCGGCCAGCGCCUCUGCCACACCCUCUCCACAGGUCUCGCGAGGUCCGUCGUCGUCAACGACAACGACGAACGCAGCCAGAAAGACGCCGGCAGCAGCAGCGACGGCAUCAGAUGCAUUCCCAGCAUUACCUGCAGCAGCAAAACCAACCAGCACGCUAUUCAUGCCCGGCAGUAGCGGAGCCGGAGUGCGGCGCGUCAACAGCCCAGCCGUGGGAGGAGUGAAUGCUUGGGGUGGUGGCGGUGGUGUAGCAGCAGGCCCGGCACGUUCAGCAUCAAGCAGCGGCGGGACACAGACACCUGUGGACGGCGGCGAAGAGAGCGCGACAGGCAACAGGAAGAAGGGGGGAAACAAGAACAAGAAGCAGACGUUGUUCCAUUUUGGAUAAUUAAGUUGAAGAAUCUGAGAUUGGCACAUGGGGUGGUGGAUUGGUGGAUUGGGUGAUUUAGCGUGGCGUAUUUGCAGGUGGGUGGAGGGAGUGUGGUGGAGGGGCAGUAGAAGUGUGCACAGAUGAGUGAUGGAUACUGUAUUGUGUAUGUAUAUAUAUAUAUAUAUGCAUGUC